GUAAUCCCUUCUUUCUUUGUCCCAAACAACAAAAUUAAAUUAAGAAAACCCAGUAACGCAGAUUACCAGAAACCCUAGUGCCUCCUUCUCAGAAAAUCUUCACCUACUUCCCCCCAGAAAAUCCCAUCUUUAUUUUGUCCAUCAAUGGCCUCCGUCGCCACCGGCGGUCGAUUCAAAGAGCUCCUGAAGAAGUACGGCAAGGUCGCACUUGGCGUCCAUUUCUCAGUCUCAGCUGCCUCGAUCACAGGCCUCUAUGUCGCCAUCAAGAACAACGUCGACGUCGAAUCGUUGCUGGACAAGCUUCACAUGGGGAGCGUGUCCUCCAAAGACGAAAACCCAGAGAACCCACCUGUGAUCUCCGAUGGGUCGGAGUUUCGGGACGGACCCAUAUCGGAAAAUGGGCAAUCGACGGCUGUGGUUGUGGAGAAGGAGAGGAGUCGGACGGCUGAGCUCGCGGCUUCGACUGGUGGUGCUCUGGCAUUGGCUUUGCUCUGCAACAAGGCCCUGUUUCCGAUUCGGGUUCCUAUUACUCUGGCGCUUACUCCUCCCGUGUCUAGGUUUUUGGCCAGGAGAAGGCUCAUCAAGACCGGCGGUCUAUGAACAUCUUUGCCUGGGGAGCAACGGAACUAUAUUAACCAAGGAAGUUAUAGUAAUUACCGACAAAAUCAUCACAUGGAAUCCUAAAGUUUGCACAAAGUAGUGAAAGUGGAUUGAGUUUAAGCAUUGCAGAAGAGUGGUGAUCGCACCCGUAGCAAAUCAGUGAGGAGAUUUUUAUUAUUGUUAUUGUUAUUUUUGUCUCGUCUAUUCAGAUUUGGAUCUUUGAUCGUAUACCGUUCUUUUUUGUCAUUAAUAAUGUAAGUGUUGUGCAAAUCUCAUCAUGUAAGUUAUGCUGAUUAGCUUGAACAGGAUUGGUAGGUUCAUUCGGAUCUCAAUUACUUAUGUUACAGAAAUUUAUGAUUUCGCUUGGACAUAA